GUUCUCGUUUACCCUUACCUAUUUUUGUUUAUUUGUACACUUUUUAUCAAUCUUAAAAUAAUUUGUUAAAUUAUAUUUGUUAAAUUAUUUAAUUAUGGUACAAUAUUCAAUUUUGUUGCCGACAUACAAUGAAAAGGAAAAUCUUCCGCUGAUCAUUUGGUUAAUUGUAAAAUACAUGGAUGCUGAAGAUCAUUCAUAUGAAAUAAUUAUAAUUGACGAUGGAUCACCGGAUGGUACCCUUGAAGUUGCUCAACAAUUACAAGAAAUUUAUGGAGAUGACAAGAUUGUAUUGAGACCCAGGGAACGCAAACUUGGUUUGGGAACUGCAUAUAUUCAUGGAUUGAAACAUUCAAAAGGCAAUUUUAUUGUAAUUAUGGAUGCUGAUCUAUCCCACCAUCCCAAAUUUAUUCCUCAAUUUAUUAAAAAACAGAAAGAAGGUGAUUAUGACAUUGUUACUGGUUCUCGUUAUGAAGGCGACGGCGGUGUUUAUGGAUGGGACUUUAAAAGAAAAUUUAUAUCUACAGCCGCUAAUUAUUUGACGCAAAUUUUAUUAAUGCCCGGAGUAAGUGAUAUAACUGGAAGUUUUCGUCUUUAUAAAAGAAACGUGUUGAAAUCAUUAGUCGACGAUUGUAAAUCCAAAGGCUACGUGUUUCAGAUGGAAAUGAUAGUGAAAGCAAGACAAAAAGGAUAUAAACUAGCCUCUGUGCCAAUCUCUUUUGUUGAUAGAUUUUAUGGUGAAUCGAAAUUGGGUGCUAAUGAAAUUGUACAAUUUGCUACAGGUUUGAUUACUUUAUUUUUAUCAACUCAACUAUGUUAAUUUAUAAUGACCAAUUUUUUAAAUCAAGAGUAAAUGUAUAUAGCAUAGUUAUUCAACUGAUGCUAUCAAUGAUAUUGAUUUGAAUAAACAAUUCCAUCAGUCAAUGCA